UAAACAAACGCAACGAGUAGUAAAUAAAGCAACGAGUGGCAUAUGUCAAAAUAACAGCUGAUAGCCGGCUGUAAAAUUCGUUAAUCUUGCUGCUGUUUUGUAAUACAGCAUGACUGCUACAAAAACUUUACGUGCAUUACUGCAGGAGCUGCGUUACGCUUCGCCAAAUGGCUGCAUCAAAAAUUCUCUAGCUGCACGUUAUCUGCUGGCACAAUACAAGAAAUAUUCAACCACAGAUUUACAAUUGUGUAAAGCGCGAGAUGAAGCUUUAUUCUUGGGUCAAACUUAUCUAACGUACUUGGGCAGUUUGCGAAAAUAUAAUGAGUUGCAUAAAGAAUAUCAUGGACGUGGCGAGCGUAGUGUCAAAGAGACGGCUGAUUUGGUGGGCUUCAAAUUGCCUACAGACCCCAAAUAAAUUUACAUAAGUAGUGUAAAUUAACACGAGCAACGUAGAAAACUAGUAGAUGGACGAGUAUAAUGCAUAUAAAUUCUUUAUUUAUAUAUGUAUGUACUGUAAUUGUUACAGUUUUUGAUGAAUUCAAUAACACCAAAGCAUACAUUUCCUAUA